AUGGUAGCCCUUAUACUAGGUGAUUUUAGUUUUAAGACAGGUGAUUUAAAGUUCCACCAUCUUCUUAAUUCUGGCAGAGGAGGUAAAAUUUUUAAGGGCAAGUGUCAAGUUUGGAGUGUCAAUAUCCAUAGCAGUAUUCCUCAAAAUGACGAUGAUGUUAGAGAAUGGCUCUCUGAUGUAGAAAAACUAACAAAUACUCGUCACGAGAAUAUAGUUUUGUAUAUGGGUGCUUGUGUGGAACCUCCCAAAUUUUCUAUAAUCACAAGUUUAAUUACCUCCAACUCCCUCUACACGAGCAUCAUGUUCCAGGGUAUUAACCUGAAGAAAACCGAACAGCUGAAUAUACUCAGACAAACUGCAAAUGCUCUCUCAUACUUACACGAUAGAAGCAUUAUUCAUGGAAAACUAUGCUCUCACAAUAUAUUUCUAGAGACAACAGUAAAGGUUUCCCUCUUGGACCACUCAUUGUCCUCUCUCAAUCUUCAGUUCUGCAGUCCUGAGAUUGUACGUAAUAUAUGUUCAGACGACAAGGCUUUAUGGGAAAAGUCUCAGCAUGGAGAUGUUUUCGCUUUCGGAUCUGUUAUGUACCAGCUCUUUACUCUGAAACUACCCCUGGAUAACCUUCCUUCCCAGACAAAAUUGUAUCAAAUAGGAAUGGGAUCUCUACCAGAACCAGAAGAUCUUCUGAUUUAUCCUGGUAUGUCCAGCAUGAUUAAAAAAUGCUGGAAUCAGGAAAUAAAAAACAGACCAACUUUUGAAGAUAUUUGUAAUCAACUUCAACCACCUGUUCUACUUAGUUUGAGUACUUGUAGUUUAGAUAGACUGAAUUUGACAUUCCCUACUCUUUAG